AUGCAUUGUUCUCCAGCUGAGCUCACAUAUUCGACUUCUGGUGCCGGCCGUCAUUCUGGCCGCCGUCCUUGUACCGCAGUGGUCGCAGUCCCUUCUAACGGAGAAACCAAUCAAGUGACGCAAAGUGAUGAAGCAAACUUGAUUGAGGCCCGGGAGCCCACGGUUCCUCCUCCCAGCGGUUUCCAGUUCCACUGGGGAGGUGGUUAUAGACCUCAAGUUAUGGCUGGACUCGUGCGAGAGGUCGAUGAUAGCGAUGAAGCACCUUCCAGACGUAUGUUCAUCCCUCCAGGUGGUCCUAUCAGAGUCCAACGCUGGGGCCCGGCACCGAGCGUAGUCGGUCAGAGAAGAGAACCUGAUGGAUAUCGUGAUCAAGAACUGGAAGCUCGGGAGCCUAUGAGUAUCAGUGAUAUGCCACCCGUGGGCUGGAUGUCUCCAUGGUGGAACGGUAAACCUGUAGGAUCAGGACCCCUCCAAAAGCCAGGCCAAAAACGCGGAGACGACGACGACGGACUCGAAGCGAGAGAGCCGAUACCCCCUCGGCCCUUCGGGCAUCGGUACACCGAUGUUCGGUACGGCGGCAUGAACAGGUUUCACGUAAUCAGACCAGCCCCAAUUGCUGCCAGGAAUUCUGAUGACGGGGAUCUCGAAGCGAGAGAACGCUACUCCAAUGGUCGGUACGACACCACCAAAGGGCCGCUUCCAGCGUAUAUACCUCCCAAUGUUAGGGAGUUCAUCGAAGCGAGAGGCAUGCCCUUCGAGGGCUUCAGGAAUGGACCUCCUGUGGGCUGGGCGUCUCCAUGGUGGAAAGGAAAGCCUGUAGGCAUGGCCAGAGACAUCCAAGAAGAGGAACUUGAAGCAAGGGAGCCUAUUAUGAUGAACCCCGAUGCUCCACGACCGCCAGCUGGAUGGAAAUCUCCUUGGUUUCACGCACGCCCCGUGGGUGAUUUGAGGCUGAGAGAGGUUGACGACGACGAACUUGAAACACGGGACUACGAUAUGGAUGAAUUAGACUAA